AUGUUUUUCUUUUUGUUCUUAUUAAGGAUAGUAUUGUUAAAUGCAGAAAAUAAUUUUGAAAUUAUAUACACAGCUUUUAGUGAAGAUAAUUUCGAUAAAGAAGGUAAAUAAAUUAAUUAUACUUUAGGAUGGCAUCUUCAAAACAGCUAUAGCACAACUUUAUUCAGAAAAUGUGGUAAUGAGACUGUGUUUGGAGGUUUUUCAGCUUUCUCUAAUACAUUAAUUACUUACAAUUCAAGUCUUCCUCCUCACUAUUAAAUAUAUGCUUCAUUUUUAUUUUGGAAGUAUAUAUAUAAAAUUUUUGUAUUUUAGAAUAGAUAGUUGGAAUAAAGAAGAAAAAGAAUGCGUUUUAAUAUACUUUGAUGAUAAAUUAAAAAAAGAAUGUUUUUCAGUGGAAUAAGAUUAUCAAUUAUGCGGUACUUUUAGUGAAGCUGAUUUUGACAAAAAAGUUAUUUUUGAUAUCUAAAUGAUUCAUUCCUCUAAAAAUAUUUUCAUAAUAAUAACAUCAAAUUUAAAUUAGGGGGCAGAAAAUGUAUAAUAAUGAAAUAUUUAGGAAUCAUGGGGGAUAAACAACUUUAAAAUUGAAAUAUUGAAAUGCCCAAAAGGAUGUGUGUAUUGUUAAGAUGAUAUAAUGCUAUGCGACUUUUGGAUUCAUGUUAAAUCAUUUUGGUAAACUCCAAGUGAGUUUGAUGGAUGGAAAAUAGAUGAUACAAAAACACUCUCUCCAAGUGUAUGCGCUGGUCUUAAUAUUGCUGGAGGAUACCCUAACUUAAAAGUAAAUUAAACAAUUGAAAAUACUAUCUUUAAUUUAUCUUCCCAUUUUAAUGUUUAAGUAGAAUUCAAACUUUGGUUGUUUGGCAUUUGGAAGGAUGAUUAAUUUAUUCUUAAGCUUGAUGAUUAUGAAUUAUUAAACGAACAUAUAAAUUAAUCAGCCCAUUUGAUAAACUGUGGAGGAAUUCAAUAAAAUGUUACUUUAAUAAAUCUUAGAGCUUAAAUGAAUCAUUCUUAAUCAUCAAUGAAGAUUACUUUUAAAACUCAAUCAAACUCAACUUUAAUUAAAUAUUGGGGAAUUAAUGCAUUUGAUUUGUAUAUCGGAAAAUGUUCGAUUAAUUGUGAAUAAUGCUAUGGACCUGGGUAUAAAGAAUGUACUGCUUGUAUUUAAGAUUGGGUAAUUUUUAAAGGAGAAUGUAUUUACUAUAAUAAAAUUCCCCCCUUAACUUGCAACCAUAUUAGUAUAGUUUAAUAACUAUAAAAUAUUUCAAAUAAUAUUCAUUAAAUAUAAUUAAAAAGUGAUUAAAUAGGUUAAGAAACCCUAAAAUUAGGUGAAAAUGAAAUCGAAUUUGAUUUAAACAUGUCGAUUUUCAACUUAGAAAUUCAAGCCUAAUGCCAAAAAAAUAUCUAUAUAUACAACUCCAUUCAAAUCUAUAUUAGAUGCUAUAAUUAGCAGUAAUAUAUUUUUACUUUUAGUUGCCAGGAGAAUCUACCAACAAUUAUUCUUAAAACAAAUUUACAUUAAAAGUUUGAAUAAACUAAAUAAUUCUUACUUAAUUUAAAUAAAACAAGUGUUGAAUUAUAUUAAUUAGUAAUAAUGGAAUAUUAACAAACCCAACUUUUAAUUCUAAGCCUAAAUUUAAUAUGGAUUUGA